AUGGAAGUGCUUUCGAAUACGAGUGAUUUCAAUGAGUAUAGGUUAAAAAUCGAUUAACCGCUCGCGCGAAUAUGUUCACGAAUACGUCGGAUAUGGAUAUCGAUAAUCAGAGCGAAGACGGAGAAAUCAAGAAAAGUCUAUCGAAGGAUAUGGGUGAUUUUAGCUUUUCAGAGGAAGAAGGUGGCGAUACGGCUGAUUCCUUGGAUAUUAAACCACCACAGGCAGUUGUUCGCUAUCAUAAAUCUAGUUCGUCUCGUCGAAGAGAGAAGCACAGCGACAGACGAAAUCGUAGAGAUGAGAAAGAACGCAAGUCGCGUCCAUAUGAACGCGAAGACAGACACAGGGACAAGCAUAGACAUCGUAGGCAUAUGGGAGAUCCUCUUGAGAGAUCUGAACGUUUGGAGAGCUCCAAGAGAAAUCGCGAGAGGAUGGAACGUUUAGAUAGAAUGGAAGGCCAUUCUAGAGAUAGAGAAUCCUCUAGGCAUGAUCGCAAGGAAAGAAGUACAGGAGAUCGCGUCCUAGAAGAUUUAAGAGAAAGAUUAUUGGACAAGAGAAGAGAGAGACGAGAGGAUCCACGUGAUACUCGCAAUUAUAAAAUUGAGUCAUCUCGACAUGAUAUACGAUUAGUGGAGGACUUGCGAGAUUUACGCGAAUCGCGUGAUCGGCGAGAAAUACGGAUGGAAGACCUUCGGGAGCGUCGUGAAAUACGUACCAUGGACGACGGUAGAGAACGUCGCGAGAUUCGCAUGGAGGAACAGAGACACGUACGAGUGAUCAUGGAGGAGCACUUUUCAGAAAAUGAACUGAUGGAACGAUCUGAGAAACGUCGCAAGCGGUCUCACAAGCACGAUCGAACUCGCGAGAGAGAUCAAGAGAAGAUGGAGCGUGAAAAGGAGCACAGAGACAAGCAGCUACGCGAAACGAUGGAAAUAGUAACCAAUGAUGUUAGUGAGAUGGAUAUGCAAAAUGAUAUCUCGAUACAGAUUAAAGAUCCAAAAGAAAUGACAGAACAAGAAAUCAGAAAAGAAAGGCUAUUAGAAGCCGAUAGAGAAAUGCUCAGACGAAAAGAGGUGUCCAGGAUGGAAUUGGAAGCGAGAAGACUGAAGAGAGGCGAUAAACGACCCAUGAGUCCGGAUAACAAUCUGGAUCCUUCAGUUGUAGAAUUAUCUGAUGAAAGCAUCAGUCCUGUUCGUUCCGAGGGUGUACGAUCAAAAUCAGCCGAGUCUAAACAUUCAACCGAAGGAGAAGGAAGUCCACAUGAAAGAUCCUCGGAGCGACAUUCGUCCGAUUCCUCGGAAUCGAGUAGUGAUGACGACGAAUCUAACGAGUCGAAUAAAGGUUCUGCUGGUGAUUCCAACGAUGGCUCGGAAUAUAACAACCCAAGUCCAUUGUCCGUCGAUCGAUUAGCCAAAUCCGAUCAUUCCGACGGAGACUCUCCUGGACAUGUCGAUUCCAACAAUACUUCGAAAAACAUAGAAGAGGAGGAAAAGAAAGAAAAAGAACCAGAAUUACCGCCGUAUCUACCGGCUAUUCAAGGUUGUAGAAGUGUCGAGGAGUUCCAAUGUCUAAAUCGAAUCGAAGAAGGUACAUACGGAGUCGUAUACAGGGCACGUGAUAAACGUACGGAAGAAAUAGUCGCGUUGAAACGAUUGAAAAUGGAAAAGGAAAAAGAAGGCUUUCCGAUUACAAGCCUGAGAGAGAUCAAUACUUUACUGAAAGCACAACAUCCCAAUAUUGUUACCGUGCGGGAGAUAGUCGUCGGCAGUAAUAUGGAUAAGAUAUUUAUUGUUAUGGAUUAUGUGGAGCAUGAUCUGAAAUCCCUAAUAGAAACCAUGAAGCAGAAGAAACAAGUUUUUAUACCUGGAGAAGUUAAAUGUCUUAUGCAACAAUUGUUGCGUGCGGUCGCACAUCUACACGAUAAUUGGAUAUUACAUCGCGACUUAAAGACGUCCAAUUUGCUAUUAAGUCACAGAGGCAUUUUGAAAGUCGGCGACUUUGGUUUAGCUAGAGAAUAUGGCUCUCCCUUGAGGCAAUACACGCCAAUCGUUGUAACGCUUUGGUACAGAGCCCCUGAGUUAUUACUCUGUGACAAGGAAUACUUAGGAAUAUAUAGUACGCCUAUAGAUAUGUGGUCUGUAGGAUGCAUUUUUGCCGAGCUUCUAAGGAUGGAACCAUUGUUCCCAGGAAAAUCGGACAUAGAUCAAUUAAAUAAAAUAUUUAAAGAGUUGGGCACACCAAGCGAAAGGAUUUGGCCAGGAUACGCUAAGUUACCUAUAGUACAAAAAAUUCCAUUCGCGCAUUAUCCUGUAAAUAAUCUCAGGCAAAGAUUUAGUUUGUCGUUGUCGGAUUUAGGUAUCGAGUUGCUGAACAAAUUUCUAACUUACGAUCCUCGUCAACGUGUAACUGCCGAAGAUGCUCUGAAUCAUGGCUAUUUUACUGAAGCGCCUUUGCCAAUCGAUCCGCAAAUGUUCCCCACGUGGCCCGCCAAAUCAGAACAAGGAGUUAGAACCACAAACGCGUCUCCGAAGCCACCGAGCGGUGGUAGAGAAUAUAAACAAUUGGGCGACGGUGAUGACGCCGAUUUGAGUAACUCUGGUUUUCACAUGGGCUUAACAGAAGGUGGUAGAGCACCAGCAGUUGGUGGUGGUUUUCACUUAAAAUUCUAGUUAGACGAGACAAUUUUGC